UUCUCCAUACAACCGUACAGAUUUUACCGAAAGAGUUUUACGAACUGAAACUGAGGUGGAACACACGUGGCUCUCUCCCUCUUUUUCUUUCUCUGGUUCAUCUUCUCCGAAACAUACAUCAAUUUUUUUUUCCUCUUCUUCUCUUUCUCUCUCACUCAUCUUCCUCCACCGAACCACCAUGCAUAAAAUCACACCCCAAAAUUGCCAAAAUACUUCGGCGGGUUGCCGGACUCUCCCACGACAUCCAAAUCAGCGGGCACCGACCAGCUGUCCCGCCACCAAAUCCACAGUAUUCACCAUCGGCUCAAGCUCGCCGAAUCUUGCCACAGGUCGCCAUCAACGUCGCCGGGCCUCGCUCCCUAAGGUUCGCCCGAAGGCCAUUUUUCUCUUUCUUUUGCAGAAGAAUGAAGAAAGGAUGCUGGAAGCCAGGCACAGUUGCGCAGAUCGGUGCGAACUUGCGGACCGGCUGUCUCUCCGGUGAAACUUCAGUCCCGCCAGCGAACCUGCAGUUUCGCCAGCACCCGUGGUCUCAGCUUAAGUUGGCCGAACCUCGCUUCCUAAGGUUCGCCAAUUCACUUCUCAAGAUUGCCGACCCCGCCGCAGGUUCGCCAAGCACUCUCCAGCAGAGACCUGCUGCUUCCGCGAUCGCCAAUCCACGCCAUCGCCAAUCUGCGACGUGGUUCGCUCUCCGUGAUCGCCAACCAUUUUUUCUCUUCUUCCGUUUACCCUCUCUUACUCUCGCUCACCACCAUAGAACUAGGGUGUAGCAUUCCUCACAAAGAAACGAAGCAGAUGAAUCCAGC